AUGGGCCACGAUCUACCUUAUCAUCGCCAGAAGGCUCGUCCUAGCAUCCAGCCUGUCCUCCCCGUCCUCCCCGAACUUUCCCGUCUCUUCAAAGCACACAGCAAGAAGAAUGUCGAGUCAUCAGCACCGCAAACCUCGCCAUCCGAGUUCGGUCAGAGCGCAGUCAAAACAAAACAGACACCAGAGCCAGCCAACAAGUCUGGUCCAACUGAAUUUUCCUCGGAGGCUGUCUUAGCACAGGAAGACGUUAACAAUACCAACUCCGUUGAAGAUAAAGCCGUGUCUGCUUCAACGGCUUCACAAACUGGCACACCGUCUGCUUCUACCCCGGCCACCCAAGGACUCGCUGUAGAAGCGUCCAACUGUCCUCUGGAUGAUGACAAGGAGGUGAUUUCUGAAAAGGCUGAGAUAGAAGGUAUCCAGCAACCAGGAGGCCCGUUCGAGGGUGAAAUUGCUCAUGUUGCCGAGUCCUCGUUCGAGACAGACCAGAUGCUUCCCAUAAGAGAACCUGAGCGUAACCUGGAUUCUCCUCAUGGUUAUAUUGAUCAAUCAAGGUCCACUAGUGCUGCUGUUGAAGACGAGCAACAGGAACUCGUAUCAUCCUCUGCAACUUCUGUUGCUGCUGAUAUCGAUGAGAAAGCUUCCGGUGGAGUAUUGAGUGGGAUGUCGCAGGCUAGUCAGGGCGGAAACCACACAUUGCUAUCGCCAGCCAUGACCGAGAACAAUGAGCAGUAUCGACGUGGCAGUAGUGUCCUUCCUGGUCAGGUAUUACCAACAUCAUCGCCAAGAGUCAAUUCUUUACCUUCCCUUAACGAGUAUUUCCUGCACGUCGCUGCAUCUAAGGAAUAUGCAGACUGGGUGCUUCAGGUUCAUUCUCCCACCACCAAAGCCCAGUCAUUCCCAACCUACGCGCACUCAAUACUUCUCCUCCGCAGUCACCGCAUGCGACGCUUGAUGACACGACAAUCGUCCUAUGGAACCAACGUCAUUGAGCUGUAUCCUCCCCGAUAUGUUCUUCCCCAUGCAUUUGAGUCCGCACUGCGAUUUCUUUAUUCGGAUUCCGUCAUAGCCAAAGAUUUCUUUCUUCAACAACCCGCCCCUGUGGACUCCCAAGCAGUUAGACUGCAUCACCUGGACUACAUCUUGUCCUACUGGAUUUCUGGAAUCGAACUGGGUCUUGAUAUUAUCAGCGAACGUGCCGAAACACUAUUGUCGGAUUACCUUGACUGGGAUCUUGUCGAGCCAGCAUACAAAGCUGCUGACGACAUCGCAAAAUCGGAGAUUUCCUCCAACAGCAAACACAUGACUGGAACAGACUAUUUUGUCCUGAGCGGAUCCAUUGUUCGGGUAAUACUUCACUUUCUGGUCAGUCGCAUUGAUGUCAAUAGUUUCAAACUCGAUACGAGCUCUGUCUCAACCUUCCUGCCUUCUCGACUUCCACUGGUUGACGACAAUCGUGCACGAACCAACCCAGCAUUGGCUUCUAUGGUCUUUGGUUCUAUGCCUUCUUCCAUGGGCGUCUCGGCUUCCUCUCCACAAUUAGAUUUCUUGCCAAACGGGUUCACUCCCAAAGACACCCUUGCAACUAAGAUCUUGCUCAAUCUGGGUUUCGAGAACCUGUACCGAUUCAACACCUUCUUGCAACGACGUGGAUCAGCAUAUGCAAAUCGCAUAAUGACGGAGGUUGUCCAAGAGCGGGAGGCUCGUCGUGAGAGAGUCUUGAAUGCCCAGCAUAUUCCUAACCCAGAGCGAAUGGCUGCGUCUGCCAAAUGGGAUGUUGUGGGACACCAAGAGAUGUUUGUGAAUGGUGUUCUCUCCGAAAAACGUGUUGGGUUCCUCCUACCAUCUUCCAGAUGA